GUCCCACCCCAUCCUUCCCUUGUCCAAUUUCACUCAGCCGAGGGAGACCCGUCUCACUCACAGCUCACUUUGACCUUCCUUGCGACCGAAGCCAGAACGGAGAUCGGAUUGCUUCAAGAUGCGUGGUGCCUAUCUCUUCCCAAUCCUGGGGCUAUCCGCUGUUCCAUAUGUGGAUGCACUGCAAUUGCACCGGCGUGAUGUGCCUGCGACGGUUGAGAUACCUUUUGAGCGCAAACAGGCCGUUCAGCCGCUACGGAAAAGAGACAACACUGUUGACGUGACGCUCGACAACCAGGACUAUUUCUACUACAGCAUCAACUUGACCAUCGGAACGCCUCCACAGAAGAUGGUCCUUGCCAUAGAUACUGGCAGCAGUGAUACCUGGGUCAAUAUCGCAAGCUCAGACGAGUGUUCUGCGCAAGGCGAUCCAUGCAAGCCUUAUGGUCUAUUCGACUCCAGCGCCUCGUCCACCUACAAGAAACUCGACACGGUCAUGAACAGCACCUACGGAGGCGGGGACAAUGCUUACGGCCAUUAUGCGACCGACAAAGUCACAGUUGGUGGGACAACAAUAAAAGACAUGCAAUUUGCCGUCGCCGAGAAGUCGACCGUUAUCCACGGCCUCGCUGGGAUUGGAUAUCCCAGUCUGACAUACCAAGCCACGCAUGCGGACAAGACAUACUCCAAUCUCCCACAAGCGUUAGUCGACACCGGCGCCAUCAAGUCGCCCGCCUACAGCCUGUGGCUCGACGACCUGCAAGCCAAUACGGGAUCCGUUCUGUUCGGUGGUGUGAACAAAGCGAAGUACCACGGCGAACUGCAAACCUUGCCGAUUGUCCCUUACUUAGGCCAGUAUAUGUCCUUGGCGAUUGCCCUGACCGAAGUAUCCGUGGAAAAGAGCUCCAGUCCCAGCAAGUACACCACCGACCUUCCCGUGUCAUGCACUCUCGACAGCGGCAGUGCUCUCAUCUUGCUUCCCGAGGAUCUCGUCAACAAGAUCUACAAGGAGCUCGACGCCGCCUACGACAGCGAGACCCAAGUCCCCUAUAUUUCCUGUGACGCCGCGGAGAAAGACUACAACGUGACCUUCGGCUUCUCCGGCGCCACCAUCACCGUUCCGAUCAGUGAACUGGUCCUCCCCCUCGCUGAGCCCGACUUUGACAAAGGAGACUGUAUCUUCGGUAUCGGUCCCGGUAAGGCGGGAAUGAAUCUUCUGGGCGACACGUUCCUGCGCAGCGCUUACGUGGUCUACGACAUGGCCAACAACGAGAUUUCGCUGGCCAACACGAAUUUCUCGCCCGGUAAAGAUGAUAUUUUGGAGAUUGGCACGGGCACCAACGCCGUGCCGGGGGCUACUCUCGUGCCGUCUGCCGUCUCUUCUGCCACGGGCAAUGGGGUUGAGCCUACUGGUGCAGCACCAGCGGUGACAGUCAUGGUGUCGGGGUCCACGACUAUCACCAUGGGUGGCAGUCAGGCUACAGCAACGGAGACUACAGCUGCUGCCAAGAGCACCUCGUCGGAGGCUGGUGCGGCGAAGCCCACUGGCAAUGCCGGCCGUCUUCUGUCGGGUCUCGCAGGUGUCGGUAUGCUUCUCGCACUGUAAAUCUCACCGCAGCAAAGACUUGAAAAUGUCUAUUCAUGCGUCCGGACGCAGUUGUCUGGUUUGCUUUCCCAUGCCUGAAACCCAUGUCAUAUGACAAGAUGCACAUAGUUCAAACCAUAUAUGCAAAGCCAGCGCA